UAUUUAUAAGGCAAUCAGUGUUUACACCAUAACAUGAAAUCAAGACCUCUCAGAGACUCCUCAUAAAGCACGCAGCAGCAACUGCUGUACAGAGAACAGAGAAGAACUACAUGCACCAUAUUCAGCUUAUAAUAAUUGAUAUCCUGUAGAAAGGUGCAAAAUGGCAGCUGCCAGUGUGACAAUGGCUGCUUCAGGGACAACAACAGAUGACCUGGAGGACUUCAGUGCUUAUGCACACUUGUCUCAAGAACAGCUGUUGCAGAUAGCUAUUGAACGAAGUCUAGCUGAUGCAAAUUUAACUCCAUGGCAGAAUCGACAAUUGCAAUCCCACACGCAGGCAGCUGCCACUAAAGCUACACAGCAACUGCCAUGUAACCCUAACUCAGCAAACCCUCCCAGUGAGAUGAAGUGUGCAAAAAUUGACAGAAAUGUUCACAAUCAUAUCUUCAGUAAUAACCAAGAAAAGGUGAUUGCCUGGACAAGGCACAAUGGACACCUGCGGGUCACAGUGGAGACUGUGAAUAAUUUAGACCCUUUUCUCUCGGCCAUUUGGAGAGGGGAUGCAAAGGCUCUACUAGACAUCAUUCAUUUAAAAUCUAAAAAUCUUGAUGAACCCAAUAAAGAUGGCUGGCUACCGCUUCAUGAGUCUGCGUACUAUGGCCAUUUUGAGUGCCUUAAGAUUUUGCUCAAAGCCAAACCAGAUGCAAUCAACAAACGAACAAACAGAAGUCAGACACCGCUCAUACUGGCUGUGAGUCGCAAACAUGUUUCUUGUGUCAAGCAUCUCUUGGAGGAAGGAGCUGAUCCUAACCUUGCCAACAGCCAGUGGGAGACGCCACUGUAUAAAGCAUGUGAGAAAGCUAAUGAGGAGACAGUGGAGCUUCUUUUGAGAUUUGGAGCUUCUCCAACCAGAGCCUGUGUUCAAGGUGGGACUCCGCUACAUGAAGCAGUGAGGAACAAAAAGUUAGACAUCUGUAAGAUGCUGAUACAUGCAGGGGCAAAGCAGUGGGCCAGAAAUGUUUAUGGCAUUGACGCUCUGUUUACGGCUGCUCAGUGUAAUGCUGUCAAAGAGCUUAACUACCUAAUAUGUAAAGGGGGUAAUGUAAAUACCCAGGCAGGUGAUGAUGCAUCCGCAUUGUUUGAGGCCUCUAAGAACGGUCAUGCUGAAGUUGUUGAGAUCCUUUUGUCAAAAAGAGCAGAUGUUAACAAAGCCAACAAAACUGGAUUACUUCCUAUUCAUGUUGCAGCAAAGAAUGGUCAUGACAGCAUUGUUGCCAUGCUAAUCCCCAGAACUAACGUAGUCAAAGUGAGACGCUCUGGCAUAAGUCCUCUUCAUUUUGCUGCAGAACGUAACAGAGAUGACGUUCUAGAAACGUUAAUUGAGGGUGGAUAUGACAUCAAUUUCAAGCUGUCAGAUGAUUGGUCAAAAAUGUAUGAAGAUCGUCGCAGUACGGCUCUGUACUCGGCUGUGGCAAACAGAAACACUGAGGCAGCGGCUAUGCUGUUAGAAGCAGGUGCUGAUCCAAACCUGGAUAUUUUCAACCCCCUGCUGGUGGCUGUAAGGAAAGGAAGUAUGGAAAUGGUGUCCUUACUGGUGAAGCACGGUGCUAAUGUCAAUGCUCUGCUUCCAACUCAUCCCACCAGCUUCCCAGCGGCUUUGGUUUUCUGUAUGAGGUACAAAGCAAUGAUGAAGUACCUGCUGGACAAUGGCUGUGAUGCACUAUCAUGUUUUACAUGUCAAUAUGGCAGUAAUCCUCAUCCCCCCAUUAAAUUAGCACGAAAUGGACGAGAAACAAUGUAUUUUUUAAAUGAUGAACCAUCAGAAUACUGUGUAGAGUUUUGUGAGGUCAUUUCUGCUCCCUCAGUCAGCAGCUGGGUGGGACCCAUCAUAGACACACUGCUUGACUAUGUGGGUCAUGUUAAACUUUGCUCUAGAAUAAUUGAACACCUAGACAGCAAUAAAGAUUGGGCCCAUAUUAAAGAAAGAUCAGUUCUUCCAUGCACAUUGAUGCAUCUGUGCAGACUCAAGAUUCGUCAACGAAUGGGCAUCCACAGACUACAGCAAAUCAGUGUUCUUCCUCUACCAGGAAGACUAAUCAAGUUUUUGAGUUACGAACCAGAAUCAUUUGAAGAUAUUCUGUGAUGAAAGGCAUGCCAUUCUUAAUUGUUUACAGAACAUUUACUACUUUAAAUCAUUUUGUUACAGAUAUCUGAGUGUUUUGAAAAUCAUUUAGCAUAAUUCAUUUCUGUUUGUAGGAGUCUCAAUACAUGUAAAUAAAGUAAUAUUUAAAAUGUACACAGUAUACAUAGAGUACAAAAUAAAAGAACUAGCACACAAGUAACGACAGCAUAUGAAGUGCUGGCUUUUAGUUUUCAGCAAUAUGUAAUUUUAUUAAUACCCACCUUUUUCCUGAGUAACCGAUGAGCGCGGUCAUAAUGGAUUCUAACUUAAGUUUGGGUGCUCUCCUGUUCCGGUCUCCAUUAAAAUCCAUGUUAAAACAGGUUAAAAAAAGAUCGACUGAAUUAAUUUAAAAGAAACUUUUUCAAACUAAAUGUAAAAAUGACACAGGGUUUAGCUGCGCUGUUAUUGGCUCCCACAGUAACAGCAAUAUGCUUAAGGAAUUCCCGUAAAGUAAGUUACUAGUGUGUUGCGUACCAGAAAAUCUGUCCUUGUCCGGCGGUGUAUGCGUUGCGUAAACGAUGACAAAAGAAAGCGAGUACGGUUUAAAUCGCUUAAGUUAAAAUACUGACACAUUAUGUGUGAAAUAAUAAAAUAAUAAGUAAAUAAUAAAAUAACGUGUGCUCUCAUCUUGCGGACAAACUUCACCCCGAUCGGGAGCUGUAUAUAUGUGCCCUGUUUUUUUUAAUACACCUCGCGCUUCCUGUCACCUACACACUCAUUAAACUAUGACAGGUGAGUUACUGCAAAAAGACGGUCAUUGCGACACUGUAAAGUGCUUCAACUGGCGCCAUGAACUUUUUAAAACCAUUUUUUCAUAGUUUAACGUUAUAUUAUCAGCUUGGAAAAUAUGUUAAUUUGAGUAGAAACACAAGAGACCGGAAUGUGUCCUGACGAUUGAAAAAUGCGCACCCAAGGUGCAGGGUAGGAUAUUUUAAUAAAAUAAUAAGUAGGAUUAAUUUCUUACGCAUCUCAUACUCCAUUGCUAGUUCCAAAACAUCGUUUUAGACCUAUGGAGGUUUGAGCCAUUAAUAGCGGACUAACGCAGUUAUUAAUUAAAUUAUUAGAGAGAGAGAGAGAGAGAGAGAGAGAGAGAGAGAGAGAGAGAGAGAGAGAGAGAGAGAGAGAUUAAGCCUGUGUGAAUUACCUGUGAGUCUGUCUGUGCGCCUCUCACCGUGUCUACACCGGACGCGAGCGGCGCGACAGUAAACGGCUGCCGCGUUCUAUUUAUGACGUGCUCACACAAAGUUCAAAUGAUAGGCAACUUUCGCUUUGUCGCGUCCAGUGUAGACAGACUUUAGCUGUUGCGGCGCGGCGCGACGACUGUCGCGUCCAGUCUACACCAGACGCGAGCGGCGCGGCGCGACAAAAUACACCAGAACCCAUUAUAAUGAUUGAUGCUGUCUACACUGGAUGCGGCGCGGCACGACACGACAAAUCUUUGACAGUAAACUGCCACCGCAUUCUAUUUAUGACGUGCUCUCACAAAGUUCAAAUGAUCUGCAACGGUCGCUUUGUCGCGUCCAGUGUAGACAGACUUUAGUUUUUAAACAACUGUCGAGUCCAGUGUAGACACGGUGUUAAAAGUGUUCGGCAGCAGCGUCUCUACUAAUAGUGAAACUUAUAAUGUCUUAAUGUCUUUUUAGCCUGUUGUUAGUGUAUUUAUUUUGUUUAGUUUUGGUUAGUUUGUGGGUUUUGGUUAUUUUGCUGUUUUAGGCUGUAUGGACCUUUGAAAUAACUGAAAUCAUGUGGCGAAUGGGAGUGAUAUAGACAUGUAAUGCCGUCAAAAACUGCAAAAUCUGCCUUGAACUACAUUCGCCAUGUGUUUUCCUGAAAAUAUUUGCACACCUUUGAACAUUCGUCAGCCAGUCAGUUUAAAGGAUUCAACAGCGUUGUAGUAUAACUAUUAGUGUACUUGCACACUAAGGCUUUUUAUAAUGUGAUUAUAAUACUAUAUAGAUCUUUAUAGUCUUUAAACAUGACUGAAUAUCUUUUGUGUAAUGUUUUGUUAUUCUACUGAUAUCAUGAAGACAAACUGUACUGUAAUGUACAUUAGUUUUGUAAUUACUUAAGUGAUUCUGUCAGAUUAUAAUUAGAAUUAGAGUUUAAAACUUUGUAAUGAAGAAGACCUGUACACGUUUUACGAUAGUUAACGUAAACUAGCUUUGUAAAUUAGUUUACAGUGAUGCACUUGUCAGAUUCUAAGCAGAAUUUGAGCUUAGAGUUGUUUAACUCUUGUAGUUUUACUGUAAAAGUGUGGUGUUUUCUAUUUCCUUGAGACUGUCUCUGUAAUCUUGCAGUAAAAUAAAACCCGUGCAUCUUA